AUGGAUUUGCCAGAAUUUCGCACGAAAAUGACUGGUUACAAGUCCGAUCAAACCAUCUAUAUCAAAUCGUUGUCAAUGCAACGACAAAAACGAUUUUUAUUCGAUUCAAUUAAGAAAAAGGUAAAAAAAAUCAAGAAUAAGAUAAACCAAAAAAUUCAUCCUGGAAGAAAUCGUACAGAUGAUUCUGACACAUUUGUUGAUCCUGGCCAACCUGUAACGCGUAAGAAUAAAAUUACACGACGACCAACAAGUUCGGCGACUGCUAAAUCAAUGCUUGACUAUCGUCCAUAUAUGAAUCCAAUAGAGAACCAAGGUCAAUGCGGAUCUUGCUAUGCAUUUGCUGUAACGGCUGCCAUUGAAGGUACCUAUGCUAUCAAGACAGGUGCACGUAUUAAACUCUCUCAACAGCAACUAGUCGAUUGUUCACCAAAUUAUGGAUGUUCCGGUGGCUUUUUUGGUACCACUUUUGACUAUAUCAAACAAAGCGGUGGUCUACAAUCUGAUGCAUCAUAUCCAUAUGUUGCCAGUCGUCAGUCGUGCAGUUCGACAUCGGGAAACGUUGGUACUAUCCAAGGAUAUGGAAACACGCCACCUAAUGAUGAAGAAGAAAUGAAACGAGCAUUGAUCACCUACGGCCCAUUAGCAGCUGCGAUUUGUGUUACAUCUAAUUUACAAUUCUAUGGUCCAUCACAACAAUCUGGUGCAUCAGACAUAAUCGAUAUACCAUCUUGUCCAAAACAAGUCGAUCAUGCGAUUGCUAUUGUCGGUUAUGGAACAGAGAAGGGUCAAGAUUACUGGCUGGUACGCAAUUCAUGGGGUGAAAACUGGGGCCUCGAUGGUUAUUUUAAAGUGGCACGCAAUAAGGAUGGCAUGUGUGGAAUUGCUACUUAUAGUUAUUAUACUCAGCUAUAA